AUGGGUGGCAUCGAAGUGAAGUGUCCACCGUCCCGCGGGUGGUUGGAUGUUGGAUCUCCUACGAGCCUGCUCUUUACGGGACUCAGUACGGGCACACAGCCAGAAGAGCACGUCGAAGAACGACUCAAGGCCAUGCCGGUAAGUCUAUCAAAAUCAAAUCGGCAUGCCUGGGUAGCCGUUGGAGGAUUUGGAGUCGGUGACGUGCUGUGGUCUGUAUCAGAAUAUCAGAGGACGAAGACAAGGCUCUUCAAGAGACUGGGCAGCCAGCGCAUGCGUCAUGGACGAAAAUGGUGUGGAUUACUGUACGUUCACUGUUCACUUCACUUGCAUCUCAUCCGCUUGAUGCUGGCUGUUUACCUACUACUACGAGUACUUAACUUACCCAGAAAAUUCGCAGAUACCAUCCUGGAAACAGACCCGUCGGCCACGGAGCAGCAAGUCCGCUUCGCAUAUAAACGCGCCGCUCUGAAAUGCCACCCGGACCGUGUGCCCAGCACGUCCCCCGAGCGCCCCGCCCGCGAGGCGGCUUUCAAGAAAGUCAACGAAGCAUACUACGUCCUCUCCGACCCCGCUCGCCGCCGCAGAUAUGACCUCGAGCGCUGCCAGCAGCGGCGUCCCGACACCCCUCCGCCGUUCUCACCAGGCCCGGCAACAGACACAGACACAGACACAGACACAGGCUCCGCCUUCGCCUCGCGCCAGUUCGCCUCCGUCUUCGAGGAGAUGCUGCGCGAGGAAGGGCUGGCGGAGGAUGAUGGCGAUGCUGGGCAUGGCGGGAGGACGCGGCCGACGGGCCGGUUCUGGGCAGUUGUGGGCGGCCUGAGUGGGGCGGCGCUGGGAUUCAUUGUUGCGAAUCUGGCGGGGGCGGUGGCCGGCGCGGUGGCGGGGAAUCGACUUGGAGCGGCGAGGGAUGCGAAGGGGAAGAGCGUUUAUGAGGUUUUUCAGGCGUUGCCGGCGGAGGAUAAGGCCCGGUUGCUGGGAGAGUUGGCCGCGAGGGUUUUGAGGUCUGCUGUUUCGUGA